AACUCCUUUUGAAGAGUCCUAUGAACAGGAAAUCUAUACAAGAACUAAAAAUUAAUGCAUGUACGUAUUCUCUCUUUUCAGAUAGCUGGAAAUGACUUGACAUCAACGGGGCCAGAGAGGGCCCCAAACCAAUCAAUGGAUGAGAGCACCGGUGAAAAUAUAAGGAAAGAUGAGCAAGAUCUCAAGAGGUCAGAUGCCGUCACGCAGAUGCACGCCGCUGCAGUCAACGGCGACAAAGCUCAGCUGGCCAAAAUCAUUGUCUCUAGUGGACAGGAUAUUGACCAUGGGGACCAGUUUGGGAGAACCCCCUUAAUGUUUACAAUCCUUGCUGACCGACUGGAGUGUGCAGAACUUCUGCUGAGGGCUGGAGCCAAUGUAAACUGCAAGGAUAAAGGUGGUCGUACCGCCCUCCACUGGGCAGCCCAUAAGGGUAACCUGAGAAUGUUGAAACUACUCCUGGCUAAGGGGGCCAGUAUAAGGGACAAGGACAACGAAGGUCAGACAGCGGUACAUCUCUGUACCAGGCAUAAGUCACCCAAAUGUAUGGCUCUACUGCUACGGCAACUGUCACCAGGGGAAAUUGAUGACCAAGACAGAAAUAAGAGAACAGCACUCCACUGGGCAGCAUCAUAUGGCAAUAUGGAACACGUGAAAAUGUUGAUCAAACAGGAUUCUAACAUUGGUAUUCCUGAUGUCGAGGGGAAGACACCACUCCACUGGGCCGCCAGUAGCCGGGAUUCAGAGGCAGUCAACUGUGUCAAAACAAUACUGGAUACCACGCCCAGCGUUAUAAAUUGGCAGGAUUACGAGGGACGAACAGCCCUUCAUCUGGCCGUAGCAGACGGGAACGAGGCCAUUGUUAGAGCACUGACGGCGGUGGAGAACUGUAAUGUGUCUGCUCUAGAUAACAUGUUCAGGACACCAUUACACUGGGCAGCUGUAUUGGGCCAUUCUGCUGUGGUUGCGCUGCUGCUGGACAAUGGUGCUGAAUAUUCUGUAUCAGAUUCUAAUGGUGCCACUCCACUCCAUUAUGCUGCCCAGAAUAAUCACUAUGAAACUGUUGAGGUGUUCCUUUCGUGUAAGAAUGUUGUAGAUGAGCCAGACAUUGAGGGUCGCUCGGCGUUUAUAUGGGCUGCUGGGAAGGGUGCGGACGAGGUCAUCGGAGUCUAUCUCAAACAUAAUGUGGACAUACAGCAGGUAGACAGUCACGAAGGAUCAGCCCUUCAUGCUGCAGGUUUGUCAGGUCACGCUUCGACGGUGAAACUUUUACUGGACCACGGAGCUCACAUCGAUGCCGUGGACCGCCUGAAGCACACCGCCUUGUUCCGAGCUUGUGAGAUGGGACACACCAGUGUGGUUCAGUCAUUGAUUGAUUAUGGUGCUAGAGUCGAUGUUCUGGAUUUCGAUGGGAGGUCACCCCUUCAUUGGGCAGCUUUAGGUGGCCAUUCCUAUAUUUGCCAGACUCUCAUUAAGUAUGGCGUGGAUCCUAAUAUCAGAGAUUACUCAGGGCGGACUCCUUUGCAGUGCGCUGCGUAUGGUGGUUUUGUGAACUGUAUGUCAGUGUUAAUAGAACACAAGGCAGAUGUUAAUGCCAGGGACAGAGAUGGUAUGACAGCUUUACACUGGGGGUGUAGUAAAGGACAUUUAGAUGCUGUUAAGUUACUGAUUGAGUACCAAGCCUUUCCUAACCACAUGGAGAUGACAGAGGACAG